UCUGCUGCCGAUCAGAGGGGAGUGGAACCCGGCAGAGGCAGGUAGCAACACGGUUUGGUGCAGGGUGCAUCCGCUGCAUGCACCAUGCCGGAGUGUGUGUGGACGCCGCCGGUUCAUUCAACCUGACAGUCAAAAGUUGGCGUGGAGGAAUGAGCGAAGAUGCCCUGAUGAAUCGGGAUUAGAGCUGAUCCAUAAAACAUGGGAGACCUGGAGUGUGGCUUUGAGGAAAUGCAAGGAGUUAGAUUGGGAUACCUGCUUAUCCAAGGCAAGCAGAUGUUCGCCUUGUCUCAGGUCUUCACCGAGCUGCUCAAGAACAUUCCACGCACCACCGUGCACAAGCGCAUGGACCACCUGAACGUCAAGAAGCACCACUGUGACCUGGACGAGCUGCGCAAACUCAAAGCAAUAAACUCCAUAGCUUUCCACGCAGCCAAGUGCACGCUGAUAUCACGCGAGGACGUGGAGGCGCUUUAUUUCUCCUGCAAGACGGAGCGAGUGUUGAAGUCCGGCAACAACAAAAGGAAAGCCACGUCGUGCACCGGGGACGGUUUGGUGUCUGCGGGGAUCCUAGACGCCGAGCUUUGGCAGAAAAAAGUUUGGUUUAGUUUGCACGGCGUGCAAGACAAAGCGGGCCGGCGAGCGCCUUGCGAGUCCAAACUACCUCACUUUUACCACAGAAGCCACGGACGAGAUUACCGAUCGGCCGUGAAGGCAACUCACAGACACUUUAAAAACUAUGAAACAGCCAAGUUUCAAGGGAAUCGAGUGACUUUAAGCCAGAGGCACGCGUUUUUUCGGGGCGCUCCCGUGGCGGCGCUCCAGUCUGCCGUGGCUGCAGCCGACCUUCAUCACAAAAGGAAGAGGAGGCGCGAGGGGGGCGGCCUAAAACACCCCUGGAAGAGCAGACACCACCCGCAAAUCCCGCCGGUACUCUUCGUGCAACCCAAAUCCAGCAUUACGCACCGUGCUGCGUUUGAUGCUUUCCAACUAAACCGGGAUUUCUACCUUCACCCUCAUCACUUCGAAGCGGGCUUCGACAGCAGCGACACCGAAUCUAGCACCUACUCAGAACGGGCCUACCCCGACUCGGAUUUCGGAUCCGGCUUCUCCACCAGCAGCAGCUCCGAGGACGAUGACACUCAGUCUGAGAGUACUGAAAUCAGCUCGGAUGAAGAAGAGGAAGAAAGCUCCUCUCAUUCGGACUCCAGCUCGGUUUCCAGCCGGGUUUCGGUCCAGAGCAUCCGCUUUAGGCGGGCCCGGGUAGGGACCCUCGCCAAAACUCUUAACCCUAUAAAGGCACCUCUGGUUCUGCAGCCCACUUUUCACUAUAACCAGCAUGAAAACUCAGCUCAGAGCCAAGAUGAACAUGAAAAAUGUGAAUUUACGAAUAACUCUGGAUCAAAAUUCCUCUCAGAUGUUUUCAAAUGUGACAAGGAAAGUCCAAACACUGACUCGGUGCUUGAGCCUCCGAAAUGCACCGGACAAAGGCUCCCCACGCCGCUUAAGAAAAUCAAGACCGAAAUCGAAGAGCUUUGCGUGACGGCGUCUCCUCAUCCAUCGCUGGAGCCUCUCCACAAAGUGAAAUUAAAAGUGGAAGACUGUUGCGAUGAAUUUGAAUACCAAAACGUCAAAUCGAUCAACACUGACCAAUAUUCCAGCAGCGCGGACGCACAAAGGGAUGUGAAAUCCGCCGAGAAUGCGUCCCACGGAUUUUUGGAGCAACUCGAGGAGAAGGAGACCAGGAGUAAAAAGUGCGGGGCUUCAGAGAGAUCCAGGCUUUCCAGGGCGCAAUCAAAACAAGCCAGGGUCACCAGGGCUGCCUCCUCCUCCUCCUCCACGUCCUCCUCCUCCUCUUCCUCCUCCUCUCACCCCCUCGAGGAAGCCUCGGCGGAGAAUUUCCCGAGCCGCCGUAAAUGCAGCAGGGCGAACACUUCCACGCGGAGAGCCAAAAUGCCUUUCAGCCUUAUGGCAAAUUUCCCAUUUUCGCCGUCGCUGGUGGUUGGCAACGACGGGGAUCUUUGCCCCGCUUACUCCCUGAACUCUCGGAGGGGUCCCGGGCCUCCCCCUCCGUCUCACCCUGUGUGGAGUUGGCAGCCAGGCGGACACAUUUUCCCUCCCCCACACGCUCACAGGACCGGGAAAUAGACCGACUGAAUGAGCAGCGUUUAAAAAAAAAAAACGAAAAAAAAAAAAAGACGCCUCCAUUUUAAAACCUGUGAGUUUUUUUGUUGUUGUUGUAAAUUUUCUGCAAUUCUAUUCAAGCCUACAAGAGGAAAACAACAGUGGAAGGCAACUGAAGUUGCCCGCUGUGUGGCUCAUUCAUGUGGAUUUAUAUUUAAAAAACAAACAAAAAACGAACAAAAGCUACCAACCCUAAGUUUUUAUGACUUUUUCCCCCUUACAAUUUUCCUAUUUUUCUCGACCUGUUGGAUUGUAUUAAUAUACCAGGGUUUCUCUGGUAUGGUGCUCCUUCGUCUUAAAGAGGCUGAAAAAAAUCACGACAUUCCUUAAGACGAGGAUAAUAUUUUAAUCGAGCUUUGUUGAUAAAAAACAACACAUAAAUCAGGGUUAUUCCAUUAUGUGCCACUCGUUUUCUGUAUACACUCGAGCUGUGUUUGCCAAUAUGAUUGACGUGGUGACUAUGGAACCCCAAAAGGUUCCAAAUUAAAUAGAUAAAAACAACAUUUUGAAAUAAAUACCAUAAAUAACAAACAAAUUGUGUAAUAUAGCCCUUAAAUUGUAAAAGUGUUUUAUUUCGUAAUAAUUUUCCCAAAAUAACCUUUUUUUCAUUUCAUAAUGUCAUUUUUCAGCAGGAUAAAAAGCGUUUUUCCACAAAAGAAUUAUUUUUUUCAUAAUGUAUUUUUCUUCAAUGGCAUUUUUAUUUCAUAACGUCGUUUUUCAGCGCAAUGAGUUGCCUUCUAUCAAUCAAAUAUAUAAGGCGGAGUCAGUUAAAUCAGUGGUCCCCAACCAACAGGCCGUGGGCCGGUACUGGUCCUUGGCGCAUUUGCCACCGGGCCGCAGAGAAAUGAAUAAUUUAUUAACAAAUGCAAUCUGGUCUGUGGCUCUUGAAACAUCAAUAUAUCCACGUCUACUCUAUAGACUAAUCCGAGUAAAGAUUUGUAUAGAUCUCCACCCAGUGGUUGGCCGCAAUUACUAGGGUGUUUGCACACCUAUAGCAGCCCAGCGCCAGUCAAUGUAAACAGUAACUUUAGCUGCUGCUGGCUGUGUGCUGCAUCUUUGGACAGCUUUUUUACGGGGAAAAGGCCACUUGCUGAGCCAGAAGACGCUCCUACAACCAAUUCCAUUAUGCAUAAUAUGUGGCUAAAAGCUAGCAAACGAGGCAACAAAAGCAAAUGCACUGAGAGCAUCAUACCUCAUGGCGAACCGUAUUGCUAAAGCUAAGAAACCUCUUACAAUUGGAGAAGAACUCAUUAUGUUUGCCGACAAGUUUUAGGAGAGGCCUCUGUUAAAAAAUAGGAUGAUUCAGUGUAAGGUGAGUGAAAUUUUCCCUGCACUUAAUAUUCGUUUUUAGCCUCGACAUGUUAUUUUAUAAUUACUCUCAUUUGUAAAAUUGUAAAAAAGGCAUACAUUCCACCGCUCCGUUGUGCAAAUAAGGUUGGGGACCAAUGAGUUAAAUGAUUGGCUAGCUGUGCUAGCAUUUGGUAGCGUCCGGCCCAGGGGUUAGCAACUUGCGGCUCUAGAGCUGCUUACGGCUCUUUAGCGCUGCCCUAGUGGCUCGCUGUAGCUUUUUAAAAAGAAUGAAAAUGGAAAAAGAUGGGGGAGGGAAAUACAUUUUUUGUUUUAAUAUGGUUUCUGUAGGAGGACAAAUAUGAUUCUAAUUUAUUAAUAUUGUAAUGAAGUUAAAUUUGAGGCAGCAUCGUACAACAGAGUUAUUCUCUCCAGGAUGCACUGCAGGGAAAAUAAAUAUUUAGUCAUGAAGGCUAAUUAUGUAUUUGUAGCUAACUCAGUCAUUUUGAUAGUAGGCUAAUAUAUAUACAUACUGCAUGUGCUGCAUUAUAUAAGGUUUUUAAUUUUUUGCAGCUCCAGACAUAUUUGUUUUUUGUUUUUGGUUCAAUAUGUAUGUUUCAACAUUUUGGGUUGCCGACCCCUGGUCUGGUCGUUAGCAUUUGGUAGCAUUGAUGAACUAUUAGGUAAACUUCCAGAAAGCAUCUCAUCAAAAACACACUGCUGCUGAAAUCCUCGCUCAGGCUUUUCGUUAGGCCUUUUUUAAUUAUCCAACUAGUUCGCAACUUCUCUGAGAAACUCUGAAAGUGACGUUACAAAUGCUAACACAGCUAGCCAGACUCCGUGAUCCAGCCAAUCCCUUAACUGACUCCGCCAUAUGUAUUUGAUUGACAGCACACGUUUCAUUGUGCUGGAAAAUGACGUUAUGAAACUAGAAAUUUCUGGAGAAAUUUAAAUGGGAACUUUGCUGUGGUAGUAACAGAUCUAAGAACCGCCUAGUUGAUUUUGGGGCGUUUUGGAGUCACCUCCCGUUGAUUAUGGGACAUUUCGGGGACACGUCAUGGUGAUAUCAGGUCACUUACUGUUGAUUUGGAGACAUUUCGGGGACACGUACUAAUGAUAUUGAUUUGUGGAUGUUUUGGGAAAGCGUCCUGUCGGUAUCAGAUCCUGUUGAAAAUUUGACUUACAUCAUCAUCAAUAGGUUGGAUGUGCAUGGCUGUCAAUGGCAUCGACUUACUUGGGUGCCAGUUGCCUGUCAUUGUAAAUGGUCAAAAAUCAAUAGAACCUAUGUUUUCCUGCCAUUGAAAAUGAAUGGGAAAUUUGGACGUGCAUGGCUGUCGAUGGCAUGACAUUAGAAAUAAAUGGGUUUUUGGCGAAUUUUGGGGGAAGUUUUUGUCAAAUUCAGUAUACAACUUUUAUGCCCUUUACCGUCCUGGAUUUUUUGAUGUGUAUAUUAUGUGAUCUGGUCAAAAAUUGUAGGGCAUGUAGCAUUUUGGAAAAAACAAAAACAAAUAACCCCAAAAACUUUCUGUUCACCAGUAA